CGAUUGUCUUGUUCUGGCGUAUGACUCGUUCUUUGGUUUAUAUCCAUUACCCCAUGCAGAGACUCGCCCAUCCAUCUAUGUUUCAGCAGAUUAAAGUCUGCAAUCAUAUCUCUCACUGGUAAAAACCUCGGGGACGAUUAGCCGGUCACCAUGAGCUGUAUCCGUGCCGUGCUGCCCAUCAUGGGCUCCUGCGUUGCUUUUCUGCUGGGCAUCCUGUGUCUCUUCGCUGGUAGCCAGCGUCAGCUCCUGCCCCAGGCAUCUCUUCUAACUUUAUAUACCGGAGGCGCUGGUGGCGCGGGGGCCCCCGAUUAUUUCUCCGUCUACACCAUGUCCUAUUGUACUGGGUUUCAGGAAUUGUGUGUGUCAGAUGAGACCACAAAUGCCACCACGAUCAAAAAUGAAAUUAUCGGCUGCUCUGACCGCAGCGUGCUGUUUACCUUCAACCCGAGCGAGGCCAUUCUCAAUGCCUUGGGAACGCCAUCUGGAACGCUAUCGCCGGAUGAGUGGCCUUCGUGCAUCACGGACGACUUCGAGGCGUUGGGCCCAACCAACACCACCAUGGUCGUGUUUUUCAUUUUCGGUACGACAACCGCAGCUUUGGCUAUCGGAGCUCGGAUCUGGUCAAUUGCCUGCACACGAGCGUCAAGCAGGCCCCCCAGCUACACCGGGGACCCAUCCCCUCGCUUCGAUUCCGAGACUCCGCCGUCUCGAGUGGAGUUUCUGAUCUUCCUGGUGAGCCUGUUCAGCUUCGGAGUCGCUUCCGUCAUUGCCAGCGUCAUCACGACCGAGUUCGUGAAGUUGAUCAACACCUCGGGCAAUGGACAUGGAGUAUCAGCGACUACGAGUACAUCGUUCCUGGGAAUGGCCUGGACAGCAGCGGUGCUGCAAGCCCUGUGCACCGUGUAUAUCCUGAUUGACAUCAUCCGAUACCGUGCACGUUGCCGAAUGCCGCCAUCCGAGUUGCCGGAGCAGAAGCCACUGGUAGGGUGUGACUAAACGUCUGGGUCUCAUCAGCGUUGCUUGCCUUCAUCUUCAUGUGCUUGUCUCCUGUGGUCACUUCUUACCUGUACCAAGAGAUCCUGUUUCAUAGCGUGCUUGUUUCAAUGCAUUCCAUGCCACUCUUGAGAAGACUCGGGUUUGGUAUCCUGGC